UACAAUCUUCAUUCUUCAUGCACGAAUUUUAAAGUACACCUACCUGGCUACUAACAAACCCGCCCCUCAAACUUAAUUAUAUAGAAUCACAUUUUUUGGGUCUUCCUUCAACAUAUAUUAAGAAAAGAGAAAAAGUUGCAUUAUUUUGCUUUAGACCGCCAUGGAAAUUGAGGCGUCGGACGACGGUGGUUGUAUGACGGUUCAUAGUGGCCACGGUGGUGAAGUAGAGGCGGCGCCGCCACGGCAUGGCGGGGAGGCGUAUUUGGUUUGGCAGGAUUUGACCGUUGUGCUGCCCAAUUUUGGGCAGGGCUCAGUAAAGAAAUUGCUUAAUGGGCUCAACGGGUACGCUCAACCGGGUCGGACCAUGGCUAUUAUGGGCCCUUCGGGCUCUGGCAAAUCAACUCUUCUAGAUUCCUUAGCAGGUAGAUUAUCUACAAAUGUUGUGAUGGAUGGGAAUAUUCUUCUUAAUGGCAAGAAAAGAAGGCUGGACUAUGGUGUUAUUGCUUAUGUAACUCAAGAGGAUGUGUUAUUGGGGACCCUCACAGUCCGCGAGACCCUAACAUACUCGGCCCACCUAAGGCUCCCGACUUCCAUGACCAAACACGAAAUACGAGCCGUGAUAGACAGAACAAUCUCGGAAGUCGGUUUGCAGGAAUGCGCUGACCGUCGAGUUGGCAACUGGCAGGUGAGGGGCAUAAGCGGCGGUGAAAAGAAAAGGCUGAGUAUUGGGCUCGAGAUUUUAGUCCGGCCCCAUAUACUGUUCUUGGACGAGCCCACCACAGGCCUGGAUAGUGCAGCCUCGUUUUUUGUGGUCCAGGCAAUCAAGAAUCUGGCCCGAGAUGGGAGGACUGUGAUCUCGUCCAUUCACCAGCCGAGUAGUGAGGUUUUUGCUCUGUUUGAUGAUCUCUACUUGCUCUCGGGAGGCGAGACAGUCUAUUUUGGCGAAGCCAGGAACGCGGUCAAGCAGGAAGGACAAAAAACGUCGGAUCCUUUGAUGAAUUUGACAACGUCCAACAUAAGAUCGGCGCUUAUCGAAAAAUACAAACAAUCAGAGUAUGCAAAAAUGACGAGAAUCAAACUUGAAAAAUUCUCCAAAACCCAAGAACUUGAGCUUGAAAUACUCAAAGGAAGUGAAGCAACUUGGUGGAAGCAACUCUCAACAUUAACACGAAGGUCGCUCGUGAAUAUGUGUAGGGACACCGGCUAUUAUUGGACUCGCUUAGUCACAUACAUAAUUGUUUCACUAUGUGUGGGGACUUUAUUCUACGAUGUGGGAACAAGUUAUACAGCCAUAGUUGCAAGGGGAGCUUGUGCCGGUUUUGUAGUCGGCUUCAUGACUUUCAUGUCCAUUGGAGGUUUCCCAUCCUUCAUCGAGGAAAUGAAGGUAUUUUCUCGAGAAAGGGUUAACGGGUAUUAUGGCGUGGGAGCCUUCAUACUAUCGAACUUCAUAUCCUCUUUCCCGUUCUUGGUAGCUAUCGCGACAAUUAGCAGCGCAAUCACGUUUUUUAUGGUUUUCCAGGCGAAGUUUUCCCAUUUCGUGUUCUUCUCGCUUAAUCUAUUUGGAUGCAUAGCUAUGGUGGAGAGUGUGAUGAUGAUUGUGGCUGCUUUGGUUCCUAAUUUCUUGAUGGGAAUCAUAACCGGAGCUGGAAUUCUCGGUAUUAUGAUGCUGACAUCGGGUUUCUUCAGGUUCUUGCCCGAUCUUCCUAAGCCCGGGGAAUACAAGAAUGCACUGCUGGGCUUGGUGUUCGACCCGAUGAUGCCCGGUGACCCUAAAGUAACGGGAGAAUCGGUGGUGAAGGAUAUAUUCGGAAUACCGUUAACUCAUUCAAAGUGGUGGGAUUUAGUAGGCUUGCAUGUCCUCAUUGUGAUUUACAGAGUAAUAUUCAUGCUCGUCCUCAAGUUGAAAGAGACUCGACUUACACUCACGUCACUCUUACGUUGGGUUUAUGCAAAGAGAACUGUACGUUAUAUGAAAAGACAUGCUUCGUCCCAACGCUUGCCUUCUUUUUCUUCCAAGACCCAUAAUACUCACCCGCUUUCGGCACAGGAGGGUCUUAACUCGCCCAUCAUCUAGGAAAUAGUAUACCAUCACAAAUUAUUGGGAUGCAUUUUGUAUCUUCAACUUCUGCCAUCACCAGAUUAUUAUUAUUAUUAA